UGCAAUCAUGGAUACGACGAUUAAUUCAACGAUCUCCGGAACAAAUACGUUAAAGAUCGUGUCGACUAUCAUUUACUCAUUUUUAGGAUCAGUUGGAAUCAUAGGAAACGCUCUGGUUUUCAUUGUUAUGAUUGCUGUAAAAGAACUUCGCACCAUCACCAACCUCUUUAUCAUUAACCAAUCAAUUCUAGACAUGAUAGCCUCAUUUUUCCUCUUUGCGAACUACAUCGCUCCACAUGCACCUUUGCCCGAUAAGGAAUGGUCUGGGACAUUCAUCUGCUCUAUCUGGAAUUCUGGCUACAUCUUCUGGGGCACAAUCAUCUCAUCGACCUAUAACCUGGUCCUACUGUCGAUAGAGCGUUACCUGGCCGUCAUCCACCCGGUCGUCUAUCGAAGCAAAUUCAGCUAUCGCCUCGCUGCUGCCGUUGCUGUCUCUCCGUGGAUUAUUGGUUUUGGCUACGAAGGCCACUGGGCAGCAGCUAACCAGUAUUCCAGAGGGCAAUGCACAGUUCUCUACGCCAGCUCUAUCAUCCAGAAGUUUACUGGUUGCCUGACAUUCAUUGUAGAAUUCCUCUUUCCGAUCGCUGUUAUGGCAUUUGUCUACAUUAAUAUCGGUAAGUCCCUUCGAUCACGGAUUGCGGAUAUCAACCCUUCGACGACCAUGACAACAGCCACUGCGGAAAGCAUUGACAACACCGGAAGCAACACCGAAGACCAACCAGCUGCACCAAACUAUCGAGAAAAGUCCUAG